AUGGCUGUGCAGCUCCCUCUCGCAGACCCAACCCCAGAGGAGCCCUCACAACCUGGCCAGUUCUCGUCGCAGCAGCCGCCCCGCACGCAGCCCACGCCACCCCCAUCUGUUACGAAUGCGUUCGUCCCUGUCCCAUCAAUAUCAAACACUGCCCAAAGCCACGCUGCACCCCCCUCAGGCUUUGCGCAUUCAUUCCCAGUUCAGAACUUGACAAGCAUGCAGCCCACGCAGAACCCGCCUCCACCGCCUCCACCCACGCAACAGCAGCCCUCACCGCAGAAUCCGAACCCAGAAGCUGAAGUUGCGAAGAUAUGGGGCGUGUUGAAUGAGCUGUUGGAGCAGCUAUCAGCGAAUAGGCAAGCAUCCAUACAGCUACACUCCUUGGCGGCGGGGGUUAAGAGCCAAGCCAUACAUUCGCAGACGGGCUAUGUGCUCAGACGACUGACGCAGGUCCUGGAGUUCAGAUACAACCUCGACAGAACACAAGACGAGUACAACGCGGCACUGGAGAAGAUGAACGCUCAAAUGACCGCAGAGAACACUGUGUUAGUGAACGAGAACAAGCAAAUGGGGACGCUCAUCAAGGAGUAUGAGCAAACUCUUGAGAACGUCAUGGCUGGGUUUCGCGUUAGAGCUAACGAAGUCCAGCAGCGUGAACUGUCUAUCAUGCGCGAGUACGAACGGAAGCUGCUCACCAUCGAGACGGCGCAGCUGCAAGCCUCACUCGCGCAGCAGACAACAGUUUCGACAUCGCUCGGUCGAGUUGGCGAGCUCCUGAGAGUGCUCAUGCGCGUGCUGGGUGGCGAAGAUCCUAGCAGCGUCCCUACUAGUGUGCUUGCAAACAUGGUCGAGGCCGAGACCGGCACCUCAUCGACUGGCACAGGCUUGGGAAAGGAGGGCGAGAUCGAUAUCACCGGCACUGCAGGACACAUGACGAUCGGCAGACAACCCCAGAAAAAGAUCAUCAACUCUUGGGAGCUGGAGGCACCCGCUUCGCCUAUGCCUGGCACAACUGCCUUGCCUCCCUCGCCGUCCGAUUCUAGCACGACUCUCGCUUCAUCCUCAGAUAGUAGCGACCCACCAGAUCAAGCGCGUUACAAGGCUGAUAUCCUGACGGAUAAAGAAGCGCAACUCCUCGCUGCCGACUGGGCUCUCGAACGCGAGUGUGAGCUCGCACGUCUCGAGCAGGAGAACGCAAUGCUUCAUCAACUCGUCCAGGAGCGCGAGAAGCUUAGCCGGGUCACCGCGACGAGUGAUGCAGACGUGCAUAUCACAAUGGGCGAACAUGCCCUGCGGCUCGAGCUCCCCAAAUACACGCUUCCCAAGCGGACGUUCAAGGGUAAGCUUGGCGGGAAGGACAUCGGGCCGUAUGGCAUGUACAAAAAGUUCGAGGAGUAA